AUGAAGCAACUUGGGUUCACGUUAGUUCUUCUGUUAGCUGUGGCGACUAGCAAAGGCGAAGAUUUUACUUGCGAAGAGAACGAGCCAUUCACAUGCAACCAAACUGCUCGUUUCAACAGUGGCAGUUUUGAAAAAGACUUCAUCUUUGGUGUUGCAUCUUCUGCUUACCAGAUCGAAGGCACCAUGGGUCGUGGUCUCAACGUUUGGGAUGGCUUCACUCACCGAUGGCCAAGUAAAGCAGGACCCGAUCAUGGGAAUGGAGACACUACGUGUGACUCAUAUUCCUAUUGGGAGAAAGAUAUAGACGUGCUCGACGAACUCAAUGCUACUGGCUAUAGAUUCUCCUUCGCGUGGUCAAGAAUCAUUCCAAGAGGAAGGAGGAAUAGGGGAGUGAACAAAGAUGGUAUUAAGUACUACAGAGAUCUUAUAAAAGGUCUCCAAGACAGGAAUAUAACCCCUUUCGUUAGCCUCUUUCACUGGGAUCUUCCUCAAGUUCUGCAAGAUGAUUAUGAAGGUUUCUUGAGUCCCCAGAUCAUAGAUGAUUUCAGAGAUUAUGCGGAUCUAUGUUUCGAGGAAUUUGGUGACAUAGUAAAGAACUGGAUCACAAUAAACCAGCUCUACUCAGUGCCUAUAAGAGGCUACGGAGUGGGAUCAGAUGCACCCGGUCGAUGUUCCCAUUGGCAAGAUAGCUCAUGUUACGCCGGAAAUUCAGCAACAGAACCCUACAUCGUUGCACAUAACCAGCUUCUUGCUCAUGCCACGGUCGUGGAUCUUUACAGGAGGAAAUAUAAGCCAACACAAGGAGGACAGAUUGGACCUGUGAUGAUAACUAGAUGGUUUCUUCCAUAUAAUAUCACUGAUAAAACCAGCAUAGAAGCAACUGAGAGGAUGAAAGAAUUCUUCAUGGGAUGGUUCAUGGAGCCGCUAACAAAAGGUAAAUAUCCAGACGUCAUGAGGGAAUAUGUGGGUUGUCGGCUACCAGAGUUCACGGAAGAAGAAUCCGCACUUGUAAAGGGUUCCUAUGAUUUUCUUGGUCUCAACUAUUACUUCACUCAGUACGCCCAAGAGGCAGCCCCAGCUCCUAGGGUCUCUGCCAUGUCGGACCCACGCGUACAAUUUUCAUUUGUUAAUGCAAGUAACCAUACCAUUGGUCCACUGUUCAUGGGCGACGUCCAUUACUACCCAAGAGGCAUAUUAGAUAUAAUGAAGCAUUUCAAAGAAAGAUAUGGUGACCCUUUAAUAUAUGUCACCGAGAACGGAUUAGCUACUCCCGGUGAUGUAACCGCUGAGGUGGGUAUGGUCGAUCCAGAGAGGAUUGAUUAUCUCUGUAGUCAUCUCUGUUUUAUCAGUAAGGCCAUCAAGGAGUUUAACGUCAACGUGAAAGGAUAUUUUGCGUGGGCUCUUGGGGAUAAUUAUGAAUUCGGAGCAGGCUUUACCAUCAGAUAUGGACUCAGUUUCAUUGAUUGGAAUAAUGUCACUGAUAGAGACCUCAAAGUUUCUGGCAAAUGGUACCAAAAGUUCAUACGCGGUCCCAUAAAGCCUGCCAAACAAGAUUUCCUCCGCUCAAGCCUCUCCUUCGAAAACAAUAAGAAGCUCAAAGAUGCAUGA